GUGUGCCCAGCAGGAACUGAGGUGCUGCCUGGGUGGCCUAAAGCGUCGUCCGAUGCGCCCCUUUUUUACUAGCUAAUGGGCUUGUUGCGCUAGCUAGAGAGACAGUACUCUAGCAGUAAUUGAUGUUUCGUCGAGGCAACAGGACCACCAAAAAAAGACUGCUGCAAAUGACUAUCGGAUCAGUGCAUCACUUCCUGAGCCUCUCGUUCGCGACCACCAUUGCAGCAUUCCAUGUAAUCUGCCUCAACCAUGAUAAAGAGGCAUGUACCGUGGAGAACCUGCAUCCCGAGCAUGAAGGAACGUUUGUCCUGCACCACCUACCGGAAUUGGUGUGCGUCCUGUACUUCUCCCAGCUUAUGGCUAAGACCGUAGAUCACACCAUUUUCAGCAACUUAGAACCCAAAAUCAAGACAGUGUUGAUAACUGAUUCUGCCGCCGUUAGCAACGUCAUCUUACCACGCAACAUUACCGUGGAGCAUCUGUACGUCGUCAAAACUGGGCUGGAGGCAAUGCGUUUCGAGCAGAACGAUGUACUCUCGGUGCUGUAUGUAGAAAAAGCUCCGCUCAGUCACGUGCCACCUACAUUGGUCAACUUGAGGAAUCUAACCUACCUCAAAAUUAAUCACACUCCUCUGGAACAGCUCCAUUUGGAGCUGUUUUGUAGCUUACGGGCUCUUAUGACGGUAGAUCUCAACCACAACAAGAUACACUACCUAACGGGUCCACUACAACGUUCGCACGAGUGUGGUCCGAAGCUGGCAAUGCUCAUGCUAGGCAACAAUCGACUCACGACACUGCAUCCGCACGUAUUUGUACCGUUCGGCUUGCUGACAAGCAUCAAACUGUCGGAGAAUAUGAUCGAGACCAUAGCGGGCGGCUUCAAGAACACUCUCGUGGGUCAGCUAGCGCUCUCCGAUAACAUGCUGCUGACGUUCGACCUGUGCGACUGCGUCCCAAUGCCAAACAUCACCUUUUUCGAGAUGGAUGGCAAUAAGCUUACCCACGUGCCGAAAUGUCUGGAAAGGAUGCCGAACGUGGAGGUUAUCAUUCUCGAGAGUAAUCAACUGUCGGCCGUUUCGAUCGCCGAAUUUAAGGGGUUGCAACGCUUGCAGCACAUACGGUUGGCCUGGAAUGCGAUCGUGUCGUUUACGGUGCAUGAACAUUCGCUGCCACCGGGACUGGUCGGUAUAGACGUGCGAUACAAUCGUCUGGAGCAUCCAAACAUUUCACAAGCGGUGGCUCAGCGAGUAAGGAUACGUGUUUAGGAAAUCGCAUCUGGAGUGGAUCAGAAUACUUUGACUCAGUGUCACACCUCCAUAACUACAUUAGC